AUGAUUUUGCAUAAGUCUCCAUAUGAUAAAGCUGUCCUGGAUGUGUCUAAAAUUCACUGUGUCAUUCAUUACCAGCAUUUAGUGGGAACAAAUGUAAGUGACUGCUUACAAAACUCACUUCAGACUGUCAUCACUGCAGUGAAUAAAAUCAAAUCCCAGACUCUCAAUGGUAGACUUUUUCAGAUGAUUUAUGAUGAGAAAGAUGAACAUUUUGAAUACAAGUUUGGUGGCUGUUUUAGAAGGUUUUAUGAUCUCUUUGACACUCUUGUGCAGUUUCUUGUAAGAAACAAUUCUUUGCCCAGUGAGGAAUUAAAAGCAGUCAGACAUGAUGUUGGAUACCUGUCAAAUCUGUUAGCAAAAUUUAAUGAAAAUAAUGUUCAAUUGCAAGAUGAAAAGGGUAGAAUUCAUGCUCAUGAUCUGCAAGUUUACUGUGAUCAUUUGAGUGUGAUUCAUGAAGAUAUGACAAAACUAUUUAAUGCUCUGCUUUUGAUGGAAAUUCUAAACUUGAAAGAGAUCCCUGGUCAGUACCUUGCAGUUUGGAAAGCGAUUAAGAAGCUUUAUAUUUCAUUCCCAACAUCAUAUUUGGUAGAAUGUGGUUUUAGUGUGGCGACACAACUUCUGUCAAAACAAAGAAACAGACUUCAGAUAGCUAAAUUUGCAGACAUAAGGCUUUUAUUAACUGAAUUUAAACCAUACAGUGGAAAGCUAAUAUCUCUUCGUCAAUGUAAAAAUCAUUAUUCACUCAUAAAGUUAGACCCAUUAGUAAAUUUAAAAUAG